GUAUCCUUGCCCACGUCAAAUCAUCAUCUUCACUUUCAAACCAAAUUGAAGACUACUCAAAUACCUAGUUAUUAUAAUAUCGAGCGACUUACACUGGUGUUGAUUCAAUCGAACAUGAUAUGCAUGUCAAGAUACCUGCAUCGCUUCAUCCUCCAAAAUAUCGUACUGAAUUUUUAAUUUAUCCAUGUGUAUAGCGCUCCGAGCUCGUCUCAUAUGCAUGUUUCAAACAAGUCUGAAUCCUGAUUGGACAAAGAAAAUUACAUGACUUCAAAAAGUCAAUAUCCAUCAAUAUCAAGUUGAUCAUGAUUGCUGAUUCCCGAAUCGUCCUGAUGUUUUUGUCAUUAUCGUUGUGGCGACAAUAUAUCUCACUCAUAGUUAUCAAUAUGGACCAACUUCCCGAACAGGGCCCAGGCACUGGCAGGCUGUUCUUUGUUUUCAGGAUAAGAGGGGCAUCCGAUCGAGCGCUUUACAUUCGUCACGAUACUGUAAGCAAUUUUGAGUGUCAGCGGUCUCAUAAAUUCGUUUGAUUCCAGAUUAAUGACCCAAGCUAAAAUAUUUUUCGCUGAAGCCAUGGCGGGACGUACAGCUUGCCUGCGAAGCCAAACUUAAAGUCGACUACCCAAAUUCUACUGCAGUACUCAACCCCAACAUUGCCGUCCAGUAUUUAGCCUGAGGAUAGCCAGUCAUCACUGACACCCGUCUCGAAGCACCCUCGCCAUCCCACCAACUAUAUUGUCUGAUUUGUGAUGACGAGACCAUCGCUAUAAUCUGAAAUUUGGGGAUAUCCUUUCCGGAUCGGCAGUCCCUGACCCAAGCAUUCUACAGAUCAGAACUUCGUCACAGAUGUACCUAGAAUUUGUGCCUACACAAGUUUCUGCCACUCACUUGGUAAUCCACGACAGCGAC